AUUUUACGGAACAUCCGUUAAGAACCACUGCCCCACAAUAUCGAAACAAUUUGACAUUGUAGUUCACAUUUAAAAUCGUAACUGCCAGGUAAUGGUAUUAUAUGUUUCGAGACGAAAUCAGUCACGAAUGAGACACGAAAGUGUACACACGGGAAAUAUAAACACUGUCUUAUGUGCGAUACGAACGUUUCAAAUUUUUAUUAGCGGAAUUCUUGUACCUUCUUAAUCAUAAAUUCUCUAUUGUUCAACAUUACAUCACAGUUCGGUGACUAAGAAGUUAUUUUUAUUAUAAACAAAUAAAAAGGAUGGCUAGUUUCAAAAUUUCCGCACCGGGCCGAAUCGUCUUAGCGGGAGAGCAUUCAGCAAUGUAUCAAAAACACUUUGUCUUGACCAGUUUAGACUGUCGUACCAAACUCACGUUCCGUGAAUUACCUAGAGGGUGGCCAGUUGAAAUAGAAUUUCCAGAUGUCAAUCUACAGAUUACAGUACCUUUAGAAGAAGUUCGAGGUUUCCUUUUAGAAGAGAACCAAUUAAAUCCAAACUUAAGGAUUAUAUACGUGACAUCCUUUAUUACCUUCAACGGCAUGUGGCGUACGUUUGCGCAGAGAUUUAGUUUACAAAUGUUUUUUUAUUUGCUUUAUAGUAUUGCUGUCUAUGAGAAUCUUGACAUCACAUCUUUUCACGUGCACGUGACCACGAAUAUACCGCUCGAUGCUGGUCUUGGCAGUUCGACAUCAUUUACUGUGUGUCUGGCUGCGUGUUUUCUUCAUUGGUGUCGUGUACAGAGUGAUUAUCAUGAAAAUAUUGAAUUUAAUCGCAUAGACUUUUUGAUGAAUGUUGGAGUGUACGUUAAAGAUUGCGAGGAACGUAUGCAAGACUAUCAAUGUACGCAGAUCGAUACCGACGUUUGUGUAUUCGGUUUUGCAACAAAGAGUCUACUUACCGAUGACGUAGAGUACUCUGUUGAGGAUUGGGAAGAGAUGGCAAGAUUGAAGAUUCUACUAAUCGAUUCAGGUAUUCGCCAGGAAAAGUGUGAUCAAGCAACAAAAAUGAGACAGCUGAGAUCUGAAUGUCUUUUCACGUUUGAUAACAUUUUAAAUGAAUUAAAUGAUUUAUCAAUAAAAAUGUAUAAUUGGCUCAAUUUACUAAGUAUUAAUAUUUGGAAUGCCAUUUUAACUGAGCAAGAAUUUUAUUAUGAAAAUUUGCAGUGUUGCAUUAAAGAAAUUCAAGUAUUAUUGAGAAGCCGUGGUUUGUCCAAUGAGGCAUUUAAUCGUAUUUUAGAAAUUGCACAAAAUAUGGGAUACUCGGCAAAGCUGACAGGUUUUGGACCUAAAUAUGCGUACAUUCUGCUACCACCUUACAUAACAAACAACGAAAUCAGAGAAAUUUCAACACAGCUAAGGAAUGAAAAUUACCUUGUUAUAAGUACUAGCAUCAAUUGUGAUGGAGUAAGACUUGAGAAUUGAUUCUGUUAAAAUUAUAACGAUUAUUAUAUAAAUGUCAAAAUAAUAACAAGUAACUAAACGUAAAAAAGAUUAAGUUAGUUAACUUAAUUGUGGUAGUUUAAAAAAAGUAUAAGGAACAAUAUAAAUUUUUGUUCAAUUUAUGUAUACAUACAAAUAUGUAUAUUUUUAUUAUAUUACUCAAAGAUCGCAGUUUUUUAAUGGCAGCGUAUUGAAUUAUGAAAUCAAAGGUGAGAAUUCAUUGAAUAUUUUCUUCCAAAAAUAAUUCAUUGAAAAAUAUUAGUUUGUUCGAACUCUAUUUUAUUAAACUAUCAAACAUAAUCAAUGUUGUUUCGAGCUCAUGCUGUAAUAAAUGUUAAAAAACUUUCGAUUUAAAAAUUAAAUAGUAUA